UGAGAGCACAGAAGGGGAGAGAUGAAGAAAAGAUAACUUUAACAAAAUGGAGUUUACACUGACAGAAACACACGACAAUACUUAUUUUCUCCACGGACUCUGGGAGGAAACACACAUUUCUGGCUCUGUUAUUACCGAGGCAGUGAAGACUGAAGAGUGAUUCAGAGUUUAAGUAGAGACUCAUUUUUUCCGACGGUUCAGGCUCCAGAGGAGCGCAGCUGCGCACACGCUUUUGUUUCCCUGCAAGCCACUUUGGAGAUGCUCUGGUGGACAUUGUGCAGGGCUUGGCUCUGCUUAUCCUGCUGCUUCCUGCUGGGUGUAUGCUCCCCAGAUGAGGAUCCAGAACCAGCAGGUCCUCUUCUUAAUCCCCCCCCUGAGGAAGCAUCAGGGGAGUCAGACCAAGAGGACUGGAAAAGGGAUUCUGGAUCAUCUUUUCCACACGUGCUCCACAGCUUCCUUGGUGACAGCCCCUUCCCGACAGAGGCCCCAGAAAAUCCUAUUAACUGCACCCAGCGCUUCUGGUUACCACCAUCCUCCCCAAUCUGCUGGGAAAAUAUAGCAGGGCCCAAGGAGUUUUCCAGGUCCCGUCUGCUUGUUCUGCAGAACAGGGCCGCCCUGCAGGCUGUGUCCAGCUCCAGUGGCGUGGAGGAGGAAGGAAUCUCCUACAACCACCAGGCCACAGAGGAGGUCCAGGGGAUCCGCUCAGACCACCAGAUGGUUGUUGACACAAUCCAAGACAUGGAGACAGUGUUUGUCUCUCUGGGUGAGAAGAGGAGAGAAGGGACGGAGCAGAGGGUCCUCACAAGCAUGAAGGAGCUUCUUGCUGAUACGAGGGAUGCGUUAGAUGGCAGAGGGAACAUGGUAAACCACCUGGAGAGCCGCUUCGCCACCUUAGAGAAGACUCUGCUCCUCACGCAGCAUCGACUCAACAAACUCUUCCAACAGUGACGAUGCUGGAACCCUCGUUAAUCCAAGUGUAUUUAUAUAUGAGCCUUUUUGUACAAGAAAGUAGCAAGUGCAAGCAUCCUUAGUGCUGUAGCACGAGGUACUUAAUAAGCACAGUCUUAUGUCAAAAUACGUUAACCCAAAAUCACCGGAGAUAAAAACUCCACAUUAUCAAGGGGUUCAGUUGAACAUGUAGCUGUUAAAUCCAAGUUAUGUUUCCUAUUAGCAAUGUUCAUGGUUGCAUUAAACCUCUAGUGAGGAAACACAUUUAUAACGGUUCGAAGAGAAAUGGAGAAUUGUAAACCUUCAAAAGCUUUCUCUUUAAUGUGUCUCUCAGGCUGGAAUGAAGGCAUUCAGUAAAGCAAAAGUCCUUAUUUUAUUAUAAAUCCAAAACAAAAAUCAAGGUUUGAUUGUACACAUUGUAAUUAUUCAAAUAAAUUAAAGACCGGUGUGAAUUUAGGCAUGGGAAAAAAGCAAUUAUUUUCAAGUACGGUAUUAAAGAUCUGAAAAAUGUGUUCAUAUCUUCAAAGAAGUAUGACUUAUAAUUAUUAAAAUCAGCAAAUUAGUUGUGGACAUCAAUGUUUGACAGCAUUUCUAAGAUAAACAAUGCACUGAAAUGUGUACUAAACACAGUAGCAACUCAGGCGCUGAGACAUCUGGGCUCCAGCUGAGGAGUGGAUUUCCACGUAAUGGACUUUUACACAAAGUAGUCUCGCUUGUGCCCGCAGGCUGUUCAGAGAACAUGUUUCUCUUCCGGUCCUUGCAAAGGAAAAAAAAAAUUAUAAAAGUAAGUAACUGCUACCAGACGCCCUCAUACGGUCUAGGCAAAAUGGAAAAAUCCAAACUAAAAACAGAAGAGUCACAGCAGGACUCGUUUCUUUUGCACAGCAUAUCAAUCCUGCAGAGAACCCACUGAGGUACUAUUUGUCUAAUGCCAUUUUGUUUUUGGUUUUUAUAGCCCCAGAGUUACAAAUUCUAUUUACAGCAAUUAUUCAUCACCUACAAUGUUUAAGACACAGUGUAGUUAGUUUGACUCUGCGUUUGGACCAACUCUCGGUUCUGACUUUUCACAGCAAGCCCUACAAUAACUUUGUGUGUUUAAAAGCACUGAGACCUUCAGAGUCUUUUGUGACAGUCGCCUGGCUGUCAAUGAGAGGCAACAUCUGUCCAGACGGAAAAGUAAUUUCCUUUUUAAAAAUCAGCUUCCUCCUCUUGCAUAUCCUCCAAGGAUUUGAGGUAAUCUCGGGCCAAGAUCUUCUUAGGCAAGAUAUCUGUCAAGUAAAAAAAAAAAAAAAUAAAGUUUAUGAAGUAAAUAUGAAUUUGAAAAAAAAAUUUAACAGUACAUCAAAGUCACAACCAUUUCCUCUAUUUAUCGUCUUUAUCUAAAAAUAUACUAUUUUCUACUGAUGUGUUAAUAAUACUCCAGAAUUGUAUUUGCUCAUAUUUUAUCUUGAAACUGUCAAUAAAAAAAGAAAGAAAACGUUAA